AUGGCAACCGAAGCUUCAAGAAACAGUAUUGUCAUUGUUGGUGCGGGUAUCAUCGGUCUCGAUGUUGCUCUGGUGCUUGCCGAGCAGGGCUACGGAAAGUUGAUUACUGUCGUCGCGGAGCACCUUCCCGGCGACACAUCGAUUACUUACACAUCACCAUGGGCCGGCUGUAACUUCUCAGCCAUCUCCGGCAGCGAUGCCAACGCCUUGAAAUGGGACCGCUUGGGCUAUUCUCAUCUUUGUAGACUUGCCUCCGAAGUAGGGCCAGAGUCUUUCGUUCAAAGAACUCCAUCGAUUGAGAUGUGGGACGAAGUCGUUCCUCAUGAUAAAAUCAGGUUCAUGGCCGAAUACCUUGAGGAUGUACGAAUCCCCCAAGUCCUCCCACAAGAUGAUCUUCCGGCAGGCGUCAAAUUUGCCGUCUCAUUUACAACAUUGACAGUAAAUGCCCCGGCCCAUCUCCAGUACCUUUACCAGCGGUUGAAGGACCAGUAUGGUGUGCGAUUUAUCAGGCAAAAGAUUCCUGACAUUCAGUCCGCAUACGCCAGCCCGACCACAAAGAUUGUUUUCAACUGCAUUGGAAAUGCCGCUCGUACUCUUCCUGGUGUUACAGACGAGAAGUGUUACCCAACUAGAGGCCAGGUUGUAUUGACUAGAGCACCACAAGUUCAAACGAAUAUUAUGCGUCAUGGAAGGGAUUACGAAACCUAUGUAAUACCUCGGCCAGGUUCCAAUGGCAACGUCAUCUUAGGGGGUUACAUGCAAAAGGGAAAUGGUGACGGGGCUACGUACUCGCAUGAAACAACUUCAAUAGUAGAACGCACCCACGAACUCAGUGCUGAGCUCCAGGAUGGAGGAGCUGAGAUCUUGGCUGUCGUUGCAGGUCUCAGACCUUCUCGUGAUGGUGGUGCUCUUGUAGCAAGAGACGAGGUUGCUAUAAGCGGAAAGAAUCUGCCCAUUAUCCACAAUUAUGGUGCAGGCGGCACUGGGUUUCAAGCAGGCUAUGGCAUGGCCAUGGAAGCCGUAGAAUCUGCCCAUGAUAUACUGCGGAGCCUUGGGAAUUCUGAGACCCGAGCCCGACUGUAG